CAUUUUCACUCGACACUCAUCGCCCUCUCUUUGACACACAAACGCAGAUUCAUCCAAGCCGAGCUCAGAUCGGAGAUGGAAAUGGACAUUCCGAUGCCGGAUGAACUCGAAUGGCUCGAAGCCGACUUGCAACUCCACGAAGAGUAUCUCGACGAAGAUCCCGAACCACCACCACUACCCGAAGAAGAAGCAUCAUACAUUGAAGAAGUGUAUGAAGCUCUACAACCCGGAACCCAUCGUUAAACCUGCUUUACCGAUCCCGGAGAAAGUACAACCGAAGAAGCGAUUCCGCCCAUUAAGCCCUAAUUUACUCGACCCUAGCAAUGUUGACGAUUCGGUGGAAGAUAAGCGAUGCAAAGUUAAUGAUUCGAGUGCAAUUGAAGCUGAUGAUGACUGGCUUCGGUACUCCCCGCCGCCUCAGGAAGAAUCAGUGAUUAUUGUUGAGAAGGAGAAGGAAACGUUUAUCUCGCGAUAUGUAACUGAUAUUGAAGGAGAUUUUAUGCCUGUGACGGCGCCUGAUGGCGAUAGGGUUUAUGCUAAGCUGGUUAAGGAGGAGAAGGACGACAAGCUCAAGAAGUUGGACGUGAAAGCUCCAUCCAAAGGCCUUAUGCUGGAACCUAUAAGCGUUCUAAUGCAGAGGGCGGAAGAAGAUGCUAUGCAAAAGGCUUUGCAAGCCAGUGUGUCUAGUCAGGUUGAUGCAAAUCUUGUGGGAACACCUGUGGUAAAUGAACGACUCUGGGUGGAUAAAUAUUCUCCUAAUUCAUUCAUGGAGCUUCUCAGUGAUGAACAUACCAACAGAGAGGUCCUUUUAUGGUUGAAACAAUGGGACACUUCUGUUUUUGGAUCUGAACUCAAGAGUACAACAGAUGAUGUUUUAUCUGCUUUAAAAAGGCAUUCCACUGUUUCUCAACAUAAGAAAGUUUCCAGCAAGAAUUCUUUUGGGUGGAACAAAGAUUCUACAUCUAACAGUGAAACAUUCAAAGAAGACAAAUACGAUCAUCAUGGUAUGCAAGAACUUCAUAACAAGAAAAUCAAGGACUCUGGCCCACCAGAACAGAAGAUCCUUCUACUAUGUGGUGCACCAGGGCUUGGGAAAACAACACUUGCACAUGUGGCAGCUCAACACUGUGGAUAUCGUGUGGUGGAGAUUAAUGCUAGUGAUGACAGGUCAUCAUCAACAAUUGAAACCAAAAUUCUUGAUGUGGUUCAGAUGAACUCUGUCAUGGCUGAUUCUAGGCCAAAGUGUUUGAUAAUUGAUGAAAUUGAUGGAGCUCUUGGUGAUGGUAAAGGGGCAGUAGAUGUAAUUUUAAAGAUGGUUGCUGGUGAUAAGAGAUCUGAUAGUGGAGCAGAAAAUAUUGUUCAAACAGAACAAUCAGGAAAAACAUCUUCAAAAAAGAAAAAAAAGGACACUCCACUUUUAAGACCUAUAAUUUGCAUUUGCAAUGACCUAUAUGCCCCUGCUUUGAGACCAUUGCGUCAAGUAGCAAAGGUUCUUGUAUUUGUUCAGCCAACAGUAAAUCGUAUUGUCAGCAGGCUUAAGUAUAUAUGCAACAAAGAAGCUAUGAGGACAAGUUCUGUUGCACUUUCUGCAUUGGCUGAAUAUACUGAAUGUGACAUACGAUCAUGCUUGAAUACUCUACAGUUCCUCAACAAAAAGAAAGAAAUGCUCAAUGUGUUGGAUAUCAGUUCUCAAGUGGUUGGUAGGAAGGAUGCAUCAAGAAGUGUUUUUGAUGUAUGGAAGGAGGUUUUCCAAAAGAGAAGAUUGAAGGGGGCAAGAAAGUCCAUUGAAAGUUCCAGAAGCAUGUUUAACGAGUUUGAUUCUCUUCACUCCUUGAUCUCUAACUGUGGCAACUAUGAUUUAAUAUUAGAUGGAAUCCAUGAGAACAUUCUCCAUUUAAAUUAUCAUGAUCCAGUGAUGAAAAAAACAGUCAAGUGUUUACACAGUCUUGAGGUUUCUGAUAUCUUUCAUCAAUAUAUUAUGCGUACACAGAAAAUGUCUCUUAUGGCUUAUCAACCUGCUAUUGCAAUUUCUAUACAUGGUGUGGUAUCUCAAGUUGAAAAACCUAAUAUUCAAUGGCCAAAAUCUUUUCAUCGAUAUCGAACGACACUCAUUGAAAAAGUGGAGUCAUUGCACAUGUGGCACAACAAAAUAUCUCCAUCAAUCUCAAGACACAUUUCCACUAAAUCUUUUGUUGAAGAUUUGGUUUCUCCAUUAUUGCAUAUUUUAUCACCUCCAACUUUAAAGCCGGUGGCUUUGCAUUUAUUAUCAGAAAAAGAAAAAAAAGAAAUGGCUCAUCUGGUUAAUACCAUGGUGUCAUAUGCCAUAACAUACAGGAACAAAAAAAUUGAUCCUUUACCUAAUAAACUCAAAUUUGAAGUUGCUACAGACAAGGACACCCCAGUUCUCUCUUUUGAUCCCCCAAUCGCUGACUUUGUAAACUUUGAGGGGUGCAGUAGUAAUUACUUCAUUCUUGGCUUAGCUGUUAAGCAGCUUCUAUGCCAUGAGAUUGAAAACCAGAAGAUACUACAAAGUAGCAUCAACAAAUCAAUGCAUGGAGAUGAUGUGAAAGAAAUUGUGAAAGAGAAAUUUAGUAAACCUAAUGGUGUUGUGGAAAAUGACAAAAAUGCCACCAAAGUAAAGAAUCCAUUGGGUCCCACUCCCACACAACAAGAAAAACAUACUCCUAUUAUCACUAUGGUACCAAAAUCAUCCGAGACUUCUACUACUACUACAAAGAAGAAAUCAAGCUCUUUCAAUUUCUUUGAAAGGUUUAAAAAAGUGAGUGCGAAUGGUUCUCAGAUGACUGAAACUGUGAAAAAAGUUUCGGCAACUUCUGAGAGGGAUUCACGUCCGGUGUUAUUCAAGUUUAAUGAGGGAUUCACAAAUGCAGUUAAAAGGCCAGUCCGCAUGCAUGAAUUUAUUUUAUGACUUGUCAUGUAGUUUUUUGUUUGUAUUUAAGCUUUUUAGUGAAAUAUUAUUCUUGAUGCGCC